AUGUAUGACGGCACCAGCAACCCAGAUGACCACAUCGCUAAGUAUAAACAAAGGAUGCUAGCUGUAGCACUCCCAAGGGAGUUCCGCGAGGCCACCAUGUGCAAAGGAUUCGGCUUAACUCUGAUUGGACCAGCGUUGCAAUGGUACAUUAAUCUACCCAUCAGAUCUAUAUCUUUGUUCGCAACUCUCAGCGAUGGGUUUGUGGAGCAGUUCGCAAGUAGCUGGAACCUGGAGAAAACCUCGGAUAGCCUCUAUGAAAUCCUCCAGCAUCGGGCCGAACCGUUUCGCGAUUACAUAGCUCGCUUCAAUCAGGAAAAGACGUAUUAUCCCGAGCUUGGGGCCAAGGUAAAAUGGGAGGAAGACGUCGCAAGCCGUGCUAGGACUCAGCAGAAACAAGCAACCAGGCAAGACCGGAGUGAUCGAGACGAGAGGUCCUCCCAGAAACCCAUGAAAGACCAAGGCGGCAGGAACCGGGACAGGAACAUGAGUCGUCCAGUCGAGAGAGCGGAAGGGAUGUCGGUGUCUACCUGGCUAGAUAUCUCAAACUUGUCUGUAUCCCAACCAGAGAUAAUCAACGCCCUAAGGCAGAUUGGUCAACAGGUUAAAUGGCCCCCGAAGAUGAGGGCACCCGAUUCCUUCCGGAACCCCGACCUCUGGUGUGAGUUCCAUCGUGACCAUGGUCACAAGACAGAGGAUUGCGUCGCACUGAAGAUCGAAGUCAACAAACUACUCCAGAAGGGAUACCUUCGGGAGUUCCUCUCAGAAAAGGCGAAGAACCUCCUAAGCAAGGAGACACCCAGGAAAUCUGCUGAAACCAAGCCCGCGUCACCACCUCGACAGGACCGACUGAUCCAUGUCAUAUCCGGAGGUUCGGAGAUAAGCGGCAUAAGCCAUGCAGCCGCAAAGAAGAGCACUCGAAACGCCAAGCUUGGCCUGGAGACGUCCAAAUCAAAUCGGCUACUAUUGGGAUCAGACGAAAUAAGCUUCACUGCAAAGGAACAAGAGAAGGUCUUAGCUCCCCACCAUGACGCUCUAGUGGUAUCGCUUACCAUAGCAAACUGCUUGGUAAGGAGGAUCCGCGCUAAACUCGUAAGCUCCAGCAGGUUCGGCCCAGAGAGGGCGACGGCCCGCAGAUAUCAUCUCCACAUGUUGUCAGAUACCUCGGCACCCCGGAAACUCCGGCUAAAUAAGGAGUACCAAGAAGCAAGAUGA